CAUCACCAUACCCCGUCGCCUGAUCGCCUCAAUCACAACAUCCAUCAUGCGGGCAGCAAGCACCAUCGCCAGGUCUUUGCGCGGCGCCCGCGCCGCCGUCCGCCGUCCCUUCGCGAUGCAGACGCGGGCAGCGAGCAGCUUCCUCCGCAUGCCAGCGAUGUCGCCGACGAUGACCGAGGGCGGGAUCGCCGCGUGGAAGAAGAACGAGGGCGAGAGCUUUGAGGCCGGCGACGUUAUUCUCGAGGUGGAAACGGAUAAGGCGACCAUCGAUGUCGAGGCGCAGGACGACGGUGUGAUGGGCAAAAUUGUGUUCCAGGCCGGAAGCAAGGGUGUGCCGGUUGGCGAGAUCAUCGCCGUGCUCGCGGAGGAGGGCGACGACCUCUCGAAGCUCGAGGUGCCCAAGGACUUGUCGCCACAGCAGGAGGCCAUUCCGACCACAGAUGCCAAGGAGGAGCCAAAGGAGGCGCCGAAGGAGGCGCCGAAGGAUACGAAGCCUGCACCUGAGUCGUCGGGUCCCAAACCCCACCGUAAGGUCGACCACUCCAAGCCCAUCGCGCCGUCCGCAGAACGCCUGCUACAGGAGAGCAGUCUCAGUGACGAGCAGGUGGCCAAGAUUAAGGGAACAGGCCGCCACGGCAUGCUCACCAAAGGCGACAUCCUCGCCGCCGAGGGCAAGAUUAAGUCGCCGUACGGUAGCGCAGCGGGUAUUGUUGACAAUCCGAUGGGCCCGAGUGGCAAGCGGGCAAACGAGCCAAAGACACCGCCCAAGGCUGGCGGUGGCGUUGCUGCUCCGGCCCCAGAGCGCCCGCUCACCGGCGCCGAGCUCCGCCGCGCAAUCGUCGCUGGCCUCAGCAAGGCCACUACCCCAACGCCACCCGCGCCGAAGUUCCCGACCGCGACUGUUUCGGAUGCCGAGUUUGACGACCUCCUUAGCGACUACUCGAAGCUGAUGCCCUCCUCCGCAUCACGGCCUGCCGCCUCAGCUCCUAAGGCAGCACCCAAGGACGAGUUGGACGGGCUGGCGUAGGAGAGUACUAGGGUAGAUGCACUCCUGUAAUAUUAUUGUGGGCCAGGGACGGCUCCGCUCGCGAUCUCUGCAUUAUCCAAGAUUGGCCUCAUACCCACGGCCUCCGCGAGACAUCGAGCCGUGGCAGUCUGCCGUCCUGACAUCCACUGAACGAUGAUAUGCGAUGACUGC